AGAUCUAUGAUGAAAUCAUUAGAAGAAUGUGCACAUAUUACUAAUAGAAAUAUAACAAAAGAUAGGAUAAUUUCAUCGGGACGUGCUACUAGACCAGAAAACCUUGAUAUCACACCAUGGUACCAUGAGAACUUCUCUAUUCCAAACAGCUCGUCAGAAUAUAUGAUUCAUCGAAAAUUCGACUCCUCAAGCUCACACGUUACUAAAGAAUUAAAACUUAAGUUAAUUUCAAAAAAGGAUAGUAGUGUUGAAACAGAAACUCCGCAAAUAGAAGCUAUCGGUAUUACGCCUAGAAAGGCUUACAUGGAUUUAGUUGAUGCAAUCGCAUUGUUAGAUGAGACUUGUCCAAAUCAAGAAUUUAAUCCGUCCGAUACAAUAAAAAUAACAGAGGCUUCUUUAUUGCCAUAUACAGAAUGUAAAAAAGUAAAAUCAAAAAAUAAGUCGAGAAGUUCUUAUAAUCACGAUCACGAUCGACUUAAUCAACGUUCAUUUAAAAGACAUCGUCCACAGGAUAAGAAUAAAAAUCGACCAUUAAUGAAGAAAAUUGGAAAAUCGAAAACCGAAGAAAUGCCAUUUUUAAUAAGAUCGUCGCCGAAUCUUGGCACCAUUCGUAAACCUUGUUUUCAGAAGAUUAGAUCAAGAAAAGUUCUUGAACAACCUACUUUAAAUAAAAUCAGUUCUUUGAAAAAAUUUAUCUUUGAUACGACAAAUGUUACAGAAAAUUUUGUUGUUAAUUUUAAAAGUAUCAGCGAAACAACAACAGCAGAUAUUCAAACUAGUAUUGAACAAACUAAUAAUCAGCAAGAAAAACAAUUGAAAAAGUCUAGAACGAUAGAGUUACCUAUUAGAAGAUAUUCUGAUAUAGGUCAAAGUUCUUCUGUGACAAUACAUUCCUUUGAAACAGAUGAUUUAGAUAAAGUUUUCUCUCGAAAGACACCUCUCCGAGAUUAUCGAAGAGCUUCAUUAGAUAACGUAAUCGAUACCGGAUCUUGUUCGUCGUUAGUGAAAGAUGUAAUAACGAAUAAUUCGAAACUUAGCAUGCAACAACGAUUCAAUAGUAUAGAUACAUUAAUAAAACACAAAAUAAACGUAAAUGAACGAAGUGUUUCUUCUAGUAAGUAUAUAGGUUCUUCAUUCACAGAAUUAGAUAGAUGGAGUAGCUUUUUUAAGAAACAAGAAGAAAUAAAAAAAUGUAUGACUCAUUCAACGAUUGAUUGUAUUUGUACAAGUUUAAAAAUCGGCGGAAGUACACCAAAUUUGAAAGAGUGCAUUUCAAACUCUCUACUAAUAAAUACAUCGAGCAAUGUAAAAGAACAACGUCAAAAAAUAAUCACUCUAAACAAAUUGAAAGAAAUUAGUCAUGUAAAAGAUAAAAAAAUAGUUAGAAAUACAACUUCGAAGUGUCAAAAAUGGCAAAUUUUCUUUGAACCUUUGCAAGACACAUUAGAUAUGUUUAAUGAAUUACGCAAAGUAAGCAGUUUACUGAAUAUACCUUCUUGGGAGAAAUUUUCUAAUGUAGACAAAACGUUUGUUCAAAUACCAAAACAGAUUUUUUUAAAUAAGAAAGAAACAUUAAGACAUGAAAGUAGCAGACAGUAUAUUGCAAGUGAAAGAAGCGAACCAAGCACAAAUAGUCAAAAUGAAAGAAAAGAACAACUUUCAAAGUUAAUAGAAUCAGUUCAAUGUAAAAAAACAUAUUUGCCAUUACAUCAUGUUCUUAAAGAAAAACAGGAAAUAGAUUCUAAAGCAAUUUCUUUAACCACUGCAAAAGAUUUAACUUCUCAGACUGAAGUAGAUUCUAAAUUCUACCUAUCGGAUAUUUUUAAUGUACCUUUACAGAAAAGGAAUGUACAAGAACAGAAAGAGAUGGAUAUGAAAAUAAAACAAGCAACAAAGGCAAAACACAAUCAUUGUCUUGAAAUAAAAGUUGCUAAUCCUAUGUUUCAAAAAGAAAGUAGCUCUCAGAAAAUGGUACAAAUUCAGGGACGGACCAAUGAUUUUUAUGAGAUCGUAUCAUCUAAAACAGUGCCGAAUUGCGCUGAAAAACAAUUGAGCAAAGUCUCUGCUGAAGAAGAUACAAAAUUAGAGAACUUUACCCUUGGUUCUAAGGUUGACUACCAGUCAGUUAUUGAGCAAAAGCGGACCAAAUGCUUUCCUUUAUAAUGCAUGUAUGUAGAUCUACUUGUAGAUAAUGUUCCAUAAUAAAAACACAUUGUGUUUGCAUUAAAAAUGUACAAUGCCAGGGACAGGAGCCUUACGUAUAUAGUGAAUCAUGUUUUACUUAAACUGUUUCACUACUGUUUAGCUAUACUAAUCGUAAAAAAUUUAACACUUAUUUCUAAUGCUGUACAGGAUAUAAUGGACAUUCGAUGCGGAUUGUAUUAUUGGUUUCUACAAUAAACAUUACGCGACAUUCAUAAAAUUGGACAGGAUUGCAAUCCUUUUUGAUCGAGCCUUUGAUAAUAAUGGACAUAAACAUAAAGAACAGCAUGAUCCCUUAAACACUGUCAAAAAUGAAAGUGGUACAAUACUAAAAUAUAUACAAAAAAGUAUGUGUAAUAUAACUUGUAUCAUUUAGUCAAUGGUUUUUGAGGUGCCUUGCCUUGUAUAUGUUUACAUAUGAUAUAUAUAUAUAUAUAUAUAUAUAUAUAUAUAUAUAUAUAUAUAUAUAUGUAUGUAUAUGUAUGCAUAUCUUUUUAAUAAUGAAUAAUUUUUCAUUUGUUUCCAAAUGUAAUUAUGGAUAUAGCAGAUUAUUUAGAAUAAUAAUUGGCUUUCCAUGUGUCACUUUCAUCAAGGCAAGGAUUUGGAUCAUUUUUCUAUACUGCUUAUACAAAAUAAAAAUAUAUUUGUAAAAUGUUGGUCUAUAUUACACAUUAUUUCUUUUGUUAUCAGAACAAGAAUCAUAGACCAACAAAAUAUUUAACAGUCCAAAUUUGACAAGAUUAUUAAUCAUUAUAAAGAAGGGAAAUUAGGACUUGGAUAAGAUGUGUUUAUAUAGAAUGUAGCUUAAGUGUUUAUAAAAUUGUUAGAAAAACAUUAUUGUAACAGAAAUGAAAUAUUGUUCUGUAAAUAUAUCGAUGGAAAGUAAAUAAGAUAAUUGUUAAUAGAAA